AUGAUCUCAAAAGUCUCAACACUUUUCCCUCCCUCUCAGUACCGAUUUUUCCCGCUAAUUUCUCACUUCUCUCUUUUCUUGCAAGUGUCUCUUGAAUUUCCUUCAAAAUCUCAACCCUAAAAUCAAAUAUAAAGUGUGAGGAAAGCAGCGUUCACUCUCAGCAACUAGCAAGGAAAAUCGAAAUCGCACGAGUACGAGAACCAGAAUUGAAUGAAGGUUCAAUAGGUUCUAUUCUAUAACGAUUGAUUUGACAUCCAAAAUUGGUCUACGAUUUGAUACAUUAGAAGUGGCAUUGCAGCAAAUGUCAACAUCUUAGCAAAUAUUAAUUGAAGUUCAAACCUGUGAUAUUAACAUGGCAGAGAAUGAUGGACUCCAACAAAAUGCAUCGUUUGAGUUGGCGAGAGGACUUGUUCAUGGUAGUGCCAAUUUGGGCUAUUGUCAAGAGGGUGCAAAGUAUUAGCUAAAGACCAAGAGGCAACGGGCCAUGAUGUAUGUGAAGCAGGUUUUCUCUUACGAUAUUUUCAACAGAAGAGGACAGAAGAUCCGCUCUUUUACUAUGCUUUACAGCUGGAUGUGGAAGAGAAGAUAACAAAUGUAUUUCGGGUUGAUGUAUGGAUGUUGAUUGAUUACUCUUAUUUUGGAGAUGCAGUAUCGUUGGAGACGACAUAUUGUACUGGCCAUGACCAUCGACCACUUGUAAUCUUUUCUGGUUUGAAUCACCACAGAGGUCAGGUAAUUUUUGGGGUGGCAUUGCUCUAUGAUGUGACAAUUGAUUCAUUCAAAUGGCUUUUCAAAAACUUUUUGAAGGCACAUAAGUAAAAAAGACCACUUACUGUUUUUACAAACCAAGAUCAGGUCAUAGCAAGAUCCUUGCUUGAGGUAAUUCCUGGGGUGAAGCAUGUUUUAUGCUCUUGGUAUAUACUGAAAAAUGGGAUCAAACAUCUUGGAAAGUUAAUGGAAGUUGAAUCGCCAUUUUUAAUUGAUUUUAAGAGGUGCGUGUGUGACUAUGGUAAGGAAACACAGUUUGAUGCUGCUUGGAGCAAGCUGCUAUCUGCUUACAGUGUGGAAGAUGACACAUGGUUGAAUUCACUAUACAAGGUAAAGGAAAAGUGGGCAGCAUGUUAUAUGAAGCAUGUUCUCACACUUGGCAUGCAGAUCAACCAACCCAAUAAAAGCAUCAAUGCCAUGGUAAAAUCUUUUACAAACCUUGACCUUGAUAUUGUUCAGUUCUUUGAGAACUUUGAACGAGCUGUUGAAGGCAAUCGUUAUAGGCAGUCAAAGCAUUUUGAGAUGCGGAAACAGAUGCCAAGAUUAAAGUCCAAGUAUUCACCUAUGUUACAACAGCUCGUUCAGAUUUACACACCCACUAUAUUUGACUUAUUCCAAGAACAAUGGGAUCGAUCCUUUGCUGCUCUUGCACCACAUAGAAAUGAGAUGCAAUUGAUAUUUGAAUAUGCAGUGACAAUGCAUGAAGAAGAGGGAGAAUGGAAAGUUUCUUUUGAUCCUGUUGACAAGUCAAUUUCAUGUAGUUGUAAAUUGUUUGAAAGUUGGGGAAUAUUAUACUGUCAUGCUGUGAAAAUAUAUGAUUUGCAUGAUGUGAAGAUACUUCCUCACCAAUAUAUAUAUUAAAGAGGUGGACAAGAAUGGCAAAACGCUAUUUGUCCUAUGAAAUCAUGGGAAAUGGGGUUGAAGAAAGCUCAGACCGAUUUGGACAACUUUGUUACAUGCUGUUAAGAUUAGCUGCUGAAGCAUCAGAAUGUCCCAAGACAUUUGCUAUGUUCCAUGAAGCCAUGCUAAAAAUAAGCAAGAAAGUUGAAGAGAUUCUUAAGAAGCAAACGAAUGCAGAGGACAUGACCUCCUUGGCAUUGCCAGAGAAGGUUGAUGCGCAAAGCCUUAGUUUCAAGAAGAGAGAUGGUAUGAGGAGAAAGAGGCGGCUGAAGAAGUGGGUUAAAUUUAACAAACUGAAGACUAAGAGAAGGAAAACAUGUUCCACAGUCACAGCUUCACAAGCUCCAGAAUCUAAGGGCACUCAGAUGCAAUAUGGAAUGAUUAGCUUAGAAUCUGCAGUUUCGAAUAAUGUCCAGUCAGUACCAUCUUUGCCUACAUCACCCCAUACAUUGCUUGAUUGUCUCAAGCCUUGGUUUGUCUCUUGUAACCCAAGAAGAAAAGACAUCGCUUGACUGUGGCAUGCCAUCGCGAGGGGCACUACAGUUCAGUUAAGAGAUGUCAUGGUACAUAACUAUAAUCAGAUCAACAUUUACAUUUAAAUUAGUAAUUUUUUAUAGAAUCAUUACAUUGUAUGCUCCAUAACUGCAUAAGUGGAGCAAUUGAUUUGCUAUUUUCUGUUCACACAUUUAUUUCUUCAUUUGUUUUGUUGUCCAGCCAGAGUUACUUACAAUGUCCUUUCAUGUUUCCUAGUAACAGUCCUUACUGAUGUAACUUCACAAAGUAGCAUAAUUCAGCAUCAAUGAAGCAUUGGCAAUUUGUAGUUGUCCAAGUUCAUCGUCCGUUACAGCUCAAAGCAAGUCUCUUGCAAGAAUGUAGCAGCAUAUGGACCAUUUUGACAGUAAACACUAGUUCCAAUUAUAGUCUAUUCCAAGUUUUUGUGCAUAUGAUCCACCAUCAGCUUGGCUUUGUAACUAAAACAGAUGCAUGCAUUUACCAAAAAAAAAAAAAAGCAUGCAUGUUUUUGAUUGAUGUCAGGUUUCCAAGUCUUUCCUGCUUCAUACUAUAUAGUAAGUGGCAUUUUCCUUGUGCUUCAAUGUAAACUUUAUCAGCGUUGCGUAAUCAUUAGUCAGGUUAGCGAA